CAAGCGAGCUGAAGACUGCCCAGAAGCGACCAGAAGAGCGAAUGGAACGCAGCGCUUCUACGUCAGAAUGGGCGUGACCAUAUAAAGCGCUUGUUCUUCCGGGCCGGUCAGCCGCUGCUGUUAUUCGUGCAGAAAUAGGUAACUAUGUUUGUUUGAUGGUAGCAUUUGUUAUAAUCACGAUACGCAUUCGGAACGCAUCAUAUUUGACGCUAUAUCUCGGCCGCGAGAACCGGGACGGAUGUAUCGCUCAAACUGACAGUUCGCAAAACGUAAACAGCUCGAUAUUCACAAACGAGCUGUUCGUUAAAUCACUCAGCACGGGACCGUUUAGAAGUAACGGUGAGAACAUUACUGUUACAUAUGUUACCGGUCAUUAAUCUGCUACUUGACAGUAACAUAUUGUCCGCGACUAUUUGUAGUGAUGUUGUUAUCAGUGUUUUGAGAACAAAAGCAGCAGCGAUGUCUAUGGCCUGUCAUAGAUAUCAACGGGCUUGGAACUGAAAUAUGCAAAAAUAAAGAGUUUAUUGAAAAAAACAGUGAUCCAGAAUCCUGCUGCAUGACACCUAAGAUACUGAAAGACAAAGAAGUUGUUUCUUCUUGAUUCUUUAUCAAUAAAGAAACUAAGCUCACAAAAUAGACACUCCGUCAAAUGACAUUAUUACAGAUAAAUGACAUGUAGAGCAGUUAUUUAGAAGAUUUGAACAUAUACUGUCAUGAUGCAUGACUUAACUCGUCUAUUUGAUGGCUAAACAUUAUUUUUUUUGGAUCUUUUGCUCAUUUGCAAUACAUAUAUAGCCCGUUUCCUAUCAGAUGUCAAAUAUACGUUUAUGAGACUAAAUUGUUAUGUUUGGCAUACAUUUGGCAAUUAGCAUAAGCGUAAACAAUAUAAAUAUGUUUAACUACAUUAACAGGCAUUCAUUUGAUACUUAACAUGAAUAUUGCCUGCGACAAGCCAUGUUAACAGUGUUUUGAGAACAACAAGCAGCAGCGAUGUCUAUGGCCUGUCAUAGAUAUCCAUGUGCUUGGGACUGAAAUAUGCUAAAGUAAGAGUUUAUUGAAGAGAACAGAGAGAACAUGAUCCAGAAUCCUGCCGUAUGAAACCUAAGAUACUGAAAGACAAAGAGGUGUGAUGGAGGUGAAGGAGGAAAGUAAAAACCUAAAUGAGGUGGAGGAGCGACAUCCUCACUCCGUCACUGACGAAACAUCUCUGAUUCUCGCACAGAAAACGAUCAAAAUCAAGAAGUCUUACAUCUGCCCUCAGUGCGGAAAAAGUUUUGCAGGUAAAUCACGCCUCGAGCGCCACAUAAGAAUUCACACCGGAGAAAAACCGUUCGCGUGUUUUGUGUGCGCGAAGAGUUUCGCGUGCAAAGAAAGACUCGACAGGCAUGUAAAAAUCCACUCCGGAGAGAAGCCUUUCACUUGUGAAUGGUGCGGAAAGCUUUUGGCGUGUAAAACGAGACUCAAGAGGCACGUGAUUACCCACACUGGAAAAAAGCCUUUCACGUGCUUGCAUUGCGAAAGGAGCUUCACGACGAACACAAACCUGCAGCGCCAUGUCAAGCUCCACACUGGAGAAAGACCACACACUUGCCAAGAGUGUGGAAAGAGCUUCAUACGCAAGGAAAAGCUCAGGUUUCACAUGACCAUCCACACUGGAGAGCGGCCUUACAGUUGCAAACAAUGCGGGAAGAGUUUCCGACACAUCAACGGUCUCAAAGAUCACCAGCUCUCUCAUGCCGCCGAGAGGUCUUUUAACUGUGAUCAAUGCGGUAAGGAUUUUAUUACCGCGUCUGCGCUGAAGAGACACCUGAGAGUUCAUUCAGGUGAGAAGCCUUUCCUGUGUUCUCUGUGUGGGAAGAGUUUUGCACGUGUGGACUGCUUUAAAAGGCAUCAGGAGGUCCAUAGUGGUGUGAAGGAUCACGUGUGCUCUGAGUGCGGGAAGGCUUUUAUCACGUCCGACCAGCUCAAGCAGCACCAGAGGAUUCACACUGGAGAGAAACCCUACAAGUGCUCACUUUGUGGGAAGAGUUUCGCUCAGUCGCCGCACCUAAAAGCACACGAGAGGAGCCACAGCACUGACGGCCAUCUGGUAAUAAGCGAUCAAAUCAUCUACUGAUUCAAGUGGACAAUGCAUGAUCCAAAGGUAUCUUGAGAAUCUGAAUCCCAAAAGGAGAAAGAGUGACUUUUUUUUGUUGUUUGAACUGAACCUUUUGUUUCAACAUUGCAUCUGAAUACUGUAAAUAAACCAUUCUAUCACUAGGUCUAUACUAUGUGUUUGUCUUCAUUAAAAACACAUGGACAGAUGUCAAAAUAUUUAACCAUUGUAUUUGUAGUAAAACUGUGGUUAUACAAAUGGUAAUCAAUGUAAAAAAAAAAAAAAAAAAAAAAUACAUGGUUACCACAAUUUUACUA